AUGGCUACUGCAACCGGCAACAGGAAUGUAAGAGCUCUUCUUCUUUCUCUCUCUCUCUUUCUUAUCUUCAUGCUCCAUUUUUGCACUGCAAUCGACACCAUAACUCCAACCCAAUUUAUCAAAGAAGGACAAAGCCUCAUUUCGACAGGUGAGAUCUACCAACUCGGCUUCUUUAGCCCUCCCAAUUCCAAGAAACGCUACGUUGGAACAUGGUUCCACACCGUUCCUACACAAACCGUCGUUUGGGUGGCGAACCGAGAAAACCCACUUAGUGAUUCAUCUGGAGUUUUCAGAAUCAACGGUGACGGGAACCUCGCUGUUGUAGAUGGAAGAGGAAACAUUCUCUGGUCAUCGAACUCUUCCACUGCAGUGAAAAAUUCAACUGCAACGAUUCUCGAUAACGGUAAUCUUGUUCUGAGAGAAAGAAAUUCGAGUAGCAGCAAUGGAGUUGUAAUAUGGGAGAGCUUCAAAGAUCUUUCCGACUCGUUCUUACCUACGAUGGGGUUGUAUGUUAAUCUCAAGACAGGCGAGAGAAAUGUUCUAACUUCAUGGAAGAGCAGCAACGAUCCAGCAGCAGGGAAUUUCACUUUCGGCAUCGACGGAGAUGAGAUCCCACAACUUCUUGUAUGGAAUGGUAAGAAUCGAUACUGGCGAAGCGGGCAAUGGAAUGGAAAGAUAUUCACGGGAAGGCCUUUAAUGUAUGAUAACUACUUAAACGGGCCUAGGGUAGUUAAUAUCCAGGAAGGGAUGAUAUACUACACACAUUCGUACUUUAGUAAAGGAUAUUCAAGAUUGUGGUUGGAAUGGGAUGGCAUGUUUACACAGAAGAAUUGGGAUGAAAAUAGAAAGGAAUGGUUUGUGCCAUGGCCAGAUCCUCGGACCCAAUGCGACGUCUAUGGCACGUGUGGCCCGUUCGGGGUCUGUAGGGAGUUCGGUUCGCAGAUGUGUAGCUGUUUGAGAGGGUUCGAACCGAAGUCGAUCGAUGAAUGGAAUAAGGGGAAUUGGUCAGGUGGGUGUGUUAGAAGAACCCAACUGAAUUGUAGCAGUGAUGGAUUUUUGAAACUUGGAAGGAUGAAACUGCCUGAUUUUUCAGAGUGGGUGCAGCAUUUGAAUGCUAAGGAGUGUGAAGAUGGGUGUCUGAAGAACUGUUCUUGUGUGGCCUAUGCGCAUGUUAGUGGGAUUGGGUGUAUGGUUUGGGGUGGAGAUUUGGUGGAUAUUCUAGAGUUCCCUUCCGGCGGUGAGGAUCUUCACAUCCGUUUAGCGAUUUCCGAACUCCGUAAGUGGUCAUUUUCCGGUCUUUAA